UACUCAGCUCAUCAGCUACUCUACUCUCCCACUUGCUUCCGCUGCUUCUCCUCUCCAUAAGAGCACCCACCAACUCAGCCUCUCCUCCCAUCGCCGCCGCCAAUGCCGGCCUCCACGGCCUCGCCACCGCCGCACCUCGUCUGAACCCCCGUCUUGCUGCCGCCGGAAACCGCGUCGAGAAGUUAACCAUGGGGUCUGGCUCACUCCUCCUCUCCCUCUUGCUGGUGCUCGUCGUCGUCAAUGUCGGGGUGGCGGUGAACCAGGACGGGCUGUCCCUGCUCGACGCGAGGCGCGCGCUCGCCGCCCCGGAUGGCGCGCUGGCGGACUGGAACGCGCGCGACGCCACGCCCUGCAGCUGGACGGGCGUCUCCUGCGACGCCGGCGUCGGCGGCGGCGCCGUGACGGGGAUCUCCCUCGCGGGCCUCAACCUCACCGGGUCGUUCCCGGCGGCGUUGUGCCGCCUCCCGCGCGUCGCGAGCAUCGACCUGAGCUACAACUACAUCGGCCCCAACCUGAGCUCCGACGCCGUCGCGCCGUGCAAGGCGCUCCGGCGGCUCGACCUGUCGAUGAACGCGCUCGUCGGCCCGCUCCCCGACGCGCUCGCGGCCCUCCCGGAGCUCGUGUACCUCAAGCUCGACAGCAACAACUUCUCCGGCCCGAUACCGGAGUCGUUCGGCCGGUUCAAGAAGCUCGAGUCGCUCUCCCUCGUCUACAACCUGCUCGGCGGCGAGGUCCCGCCGUUCCUCGGCGGCGUGUCCACGCUCCGGGAGCUCAACCUGUCCUACAACCCGUUCGUGGCGGGGCCCGUGCCCGCCGAGCUCGGCAACCUCUCCGCUCUGCGCGUGCUCUGGCUCGCCGGCUGCAACCUCAUCGGCGCCAUCCCGGCGUCUCUCGGCAGGCUCGGCAACCUCACGGACCUCGACUUGUCGACGAACGCGCUCACCGGCUCGAUACCGCCGGAGAUUACGCGGCUGACGAGCGUCGUGCAGAUCGAGCUGUACAACAACUCGCUCACUGGGCCGAUUCCCGUGGGGUUCGGCAAGCUCGCGGAGCUCCAGGGCGUGGACCUCGCCAUGAACAGGCUCAACGGCGCCAUCCCGGAUGACUUCUUCGAGGCGCCGAAGCUGGAGAGCGUGCACCUGUACGCCAACUCGCUGACGGGGCCCGUGCCGGAGUCGGUGGCGAAGGCGGCGUCGCUCGUCGAGCUGCGGCUGUUCGCCAACCGGCUGAACGGCACGCUGCCGGCCGACCUCGGCAAGAACAGCCCUCUGGUGUGCGUGGACAUGUCCGACAACUCCAUCUCCGGCGAGAUCCCGCCGGCGAUAUGCGACCGCGGCGAGCUCGAGGAGCUUCUUAUGCUCGACAAUAAGCUCUCCGGUCGCAUCCCCGACGGGCUCGGGCGUUGCCGGAGGCUGCGGCGGGUGCGGCUGUCGAACAACAGGCUCGACGGCGACGUGCCCGCCGCGGUCUGGGGCCUGCCGCACAUGUCGCUGCUCGAGCUCAACGACAACCAGCUCACCGGAGUGAUCUCUCCGGUCAUCGGCGGCGCGGCCAACCUGUCCAAGCUGGUGCUGUCCAAUAACCGGCUAACUGGUAGCAUCCCGCCGGAAAUUGGCUCGGCCUCGAAGCUGUACGAGCUCUCCGCCGACGGCAACAUGCUCUCCGGCCCGCUCCCUGGGUCUCUUGGCGGCCUCGAAGAGCUCGGCCGGCUUGUUCUCCGGAACAACUCGUUGUCAGGUCAGCUGCUCCGGGGAAUCAAUUCUUGGAAGAAGCUUAGUGAGCUCAACCUCGCCGACAAUGGCUUUACCGGAGCAAUUCCAGCAGAGCUCGGCGAUUUGCCGGUGCUGAACUACCUUGACCUCUCCGGCAACCGUCUCACCGGUGAGGUACCAAUGCAAUUGGAGAAUCUGAAGCUGAACCAGUUCAAUGUCUCCAAUAACCAGCUCAGUGGCGCGCUUCCGCCACAGUAUGCGACGGCGGCAUAUCGAAGCAGCUUCUUGGGCAACCCGGGGUUAUGUGGAGAUAAUGCCGGUCUAUGUGCCAAUUCACAGGGAGGUCCUAGAUCCCGCGCUGGCUUCGCCUGGAUGAUGCGCUCAAUUUUCAUAUUUGCGGCUGUUGUUCUGGUUGCUGGAGUUGCGUGGUUCUACUGGAGGUACCGGAGCUUCAACAAUUCUAAGCUAAGUGCCGACCGUUCGAAAUGGUCAUUGACAUCAUUCCACAAGCUCUCAUUCAGCGAGUAUGAGAUCCUGGAUUGUCUUGAUGAGGAUAAUGUGAUUGGUAGUGGCGCAUCCGGGAAAGUGUAUAAGGCAGUGCUCAGCAAUGGUGAGGUGGUUGCCGUUAAGAAGCUUUGGGGGUUAAAGAAGGGGACGGAUGUUGAGAACGGGGGUGAAGGAUCCACAGCUGACAACAGCUUUGAGGCGGAGGUGAAGACUCUUGGCAAGAUUCGCCACAAGAACAUUGUCAAGCUCUGGUGUAGCUGCACGCACAAUGACACCAAGUUGCUGGUGUACGAGUACAUGCCCAAUGGUAGCCUAGGAGAUGUGCUACACAGCAGCAAGGCUGGUUUGCUGGAUUGGUCGACGCGGUACAAGAUUGCUCUGGAUGCAGCGGAGGGGUUAUCCUAUCUUCACCAUGACUACGUCCCUGCGAUCGUCCAUAGGGAUGUCAAGUCGAACAACAUCCUCUUGGAUGCUGAAUUCGGUGCCCGUGUUGCAGACUUUGGGGUUGCCAAAGUGGUAGAAGCCACUGUCCGGGGCCCCAAGUCGAUGUCAGUGAUCGCGGGUUCAUGUGGUUACAUUGCACCUGAGUAUGCAUACACACUCCGCGUCAAUGAGAAGAGCGACAUAUACAGCUUCGGAGUGGUUCUUCUUGAGCUCGUGACAGGGAAACCGCCAGUCGAUCCAGAGUUCGGCGAGAAGGACCUGGUGAAGUGGGUGUGCAGCACAAUUGAUCAGAAGGGGGUAGAACAUGUCCUCGACAGCAAACUCGACAUGACCUUCAAGGAUGAGAUCAACAGGGUGCUGAACAUCGCCCUCCUCUGCUCGAGCUCCCUACCGAUCAACCGCCCGGCGAUGCGCAGGGUGGUCAAGAUGCUGCAAGAAGUGCGCGCCGAGGCCACAAGGCCAAGGCUGGAGAAGGACGGCAAGCUGUCGCCAUACUACUACGAGGACACCUCCGAUCAAGGGAGCAGCGUGUAAAGGUAAAAACCCCCAAAAGAGAAGAAGAUGACAAUAGGCCAAUAGCUGCUUCCAUGAAUCUUCUCCCAUGGCUUGUAGAGCUGUAGCUAGGUAGGAAAGCUGCAAUCAUAACCCAGUCGUGUCCAAAAUUCUAUAGUUGCUGAUUUUGAGCGCUGAAUUUGCUCGCCGCCGACGCCGGCCUCCGACAGCACGGUUAACUCUGGAGCUGUGCACUCCAGUCCGGCAAUGGAGGACAGUAAGCUGGUGGGUGCCCGGUGUUCUUGGUUGUCCUUGCUGUAUGUGGACCGUGCCAUUGAUGCCGGUAGGGCAGAUCGCUCGUCUGCUGUCCAUCGAGAGAAGAAAAGUCUGUGACGGAAUCAAAUGUAGGUGUGUACUGUAAUUAGUACUGCUACUUUGCCUUUUCUCCUGAGAUAAGCUAGGAGUAUUGUUCAAGGCUCAUGGUGAUGGCCCAUGGGGUGGUUGGAUCAAGUAUUUCCUGCUCUUCAACUCAGCAGGAGAGAUGGAAAUACUAAUGCAAACGAGUGAAUGAAUGAAUCUGACCUCUUUAUUACGAGUACUA